GAAGAAGAAGAAGAAGAAGAAGAGGAAGAGGAAGAGGAAGAAGAAGAGGAAGAAGAAGAAGAAGUACAAGAAGAACAAGAAACGAUAACUCAUCGUGUGUCGAACCAUCCCGACUGCUCCUCUUCCCACACGUUUCAAUCAAGUGCCAUACAACGCUCAGCAGAAGACUGUGAUACGCAAUUAUCUAUGCCUAGAAUCCGUUCGUUCAUCACGUAGACGAUAUUAGAACGAUAUUAGUCGAACAAGAUCGAAGAAGAGUGGUAGACUCUCGGUGGGGUUACACCACGUCGACAAGAAACGCCACGAUUAGACGAACUGGAAAGAGAAGUGGAAGAUUGCGAGGGAGAAUGUCGACUUGCACCGACGAGGCCGACAACGCACCCCUGCACAUGCAGGAGGCUCUAUCCCCGGUGCAGGAGGGGCCAGUGUCUCCGGCAUCCUCCUCGCUGAGCAACCAGAAUCAAAACGAGAGCGAGCAGCAGGUAUUACUGGCGACGAUGCAGCCUGUGAACGUUCUAGACCUGCACGAGCCAGCUACGGUUCACUCGCUCCAUCCCAAGUACCAUCAUCACCACCACCGCCAUCACCACCACCACCACCAUCACCACCAUCAGCAGCAACAGCACAUCCAGCCGGAUCCGGACGACGUGCAACAAAGGGGCGACGAUCCAGACGGUAGAGUGACACCUGGCGCCGACCCAGCCGCCGCCAACACGACGCUGGGCGUCGGCGAGCACAAGAUGAUCGAUCUGAUCUACAACGACGGCCAGAAGACCGUCAUGUACACCCACGACAAGGAGAUCAUCUACGAAAACGAAGCGGAUCGCGUCCAGGUGGUCGAGUAUCCACCCCCGCCGCCCUCGCCGCCAUCCCCAUCGCCACCCUCCGCGGUCACCAGAGCUGGACUACUGCCGCCCGCCUGCGUCACGCCCAGAUCCGGCUCCGCGACGGCGUUGCACCUUCACCAUUAUCCCCAACUGCAGUUGCAACACGAGGACGACCUUCCACCAGGUGUCCGUCACGCGGUCAACGCCACCGUACCGAAUUGUGGCGCGGCUACGACGACCACUACCGUGUUGGUGCUCUCGGAAUUGGUCGCUGCUGACCCCGCCGCUGGUGCUGCCGCUGCCCAACAACUCACCCUCACUGCCGCCGCCGCCGCUGCCUCCCUUCGUGCUGGGUAAGUUUUUCAUUAUUCUUCUAAGAGGGUGUUCGAUACCCUCGAAGUAUAUCGCGAAGUAUAUCAGUGUACAGUGUCGUAUUGUUUCACGAUGCGAGGUCGGAGUCCGUGGCGGGCGACCCCGGCUCGGCCCGGGGUCUACAUACCCUUCGCCAAGGCGUUCUCUUAAUAUUAUAAUUCUCCAUGUUAUUCACCGAUCCACUUCAUAUAUUUUUAUUAUUUAU